GCUCACUGGAAUGACUUUAGUGGUCUAUUUUAGUCCCAAACUAAUACAAUGAGAAGGUUGGUUUUAGGUGUCCUCUGGGCUCUGUCUCUCUGCACAGGGGACGGCCUGAUCUCACAACAAAGUCCAAGAAGGUCUCUUCCCGAUUUGGGGGACGGCCUGAUCUCACAACAAAGAACAAGAAAGUCUCUUCCCGAUUUGGAUUUCGAACAUUCUACUCAUAGGUUUCUGCCCAGAUCUUUGCAGGAAACAAUCUCAGAUGACAAGGACGGGUUUUGCAGCACAUGGGGACAUGGUGCAUUCAGGACAUUUGAUGACACAUUUUAUCAUUUUACAUCAACCUGCAACUACAUUCUGAGUCGCCAUUGCAUAAGUGGUGCAGAGGAUUUCAACAUCCAGAUCCAUCGAGGAUCAGAUGGUAAUCUAGAACAUGUAUUCAUCCAGAUAGAAGGGGUCAAAAUUCUGCUGGUGAAUGGGACAAUUUCAGUUCAAGAUGUGCAAGUUACAGUACCAUUUGAUGACAGGCUAAUAAGUAUUCAGUCGUAUGGAAUUUACACACGGAUUUAUAACAGGAAACGCACUAUAUCUUUGAUUUGGAACCAUCAAGAUGCACUAAAGUUAACUGUAGACAAUGAAUAUAAAGGACAACUCUGUGGCCUGUGUGGAAAAUUUGAUGACAUCAAAACUUCUCAUGAUUCCACUUUUUUUGAGGCAAAUAAGCUGGAUGUUUUAGGCCACGUAUGUGAUAGCAGCUUCCAUGAAGAUGUACAGUGUAAACAAAGCUCGAAAUGUGAAGAAAUAUCCAAGUACUUACCCUGUUUUGAGCCCGACACUUUUUCCAAGUAUUUGAAAAUGUGUCAGAUAGACACUUGCGUCUGUAAAGAAUCUAGCUGCGUAUGUGCGACUCUUGCAGAAGUUGUGCGGCAAUGUAACAAAGAAUUUCUUGCAUCCUUCAAGAAUUUGCAGAUAACAACCAUUUGCGGACAGCCCAAGUGUCCUGCGGGUCAGAUUUAUAAGCAAUGCGGUACAGCAUGUGUUCCAACCUGCACCAGUCCAAAACCUCAGCUCCAGUGCAAUCAGUGUGUGAAUACCUGCCAGUGUCCAGACGGCACCGUUCUUGAUAACAUAAGGAAAACAAACAGCUGUAUCCAGAAAUUGGAUUGUCCUUGUGAAUAUGGUGGGCAGAUUUAUGAGUCAGGAGAGAACAGGACAACUUCUUGUCAGUCAUGCACUUGUGAAUCUGGAGCAUGGUCAUGUAUCCACCUGAAUUGUGUUGGAAGAUGCAAAAUUGAAGCAGCAACAUUCAUCACAACAUUUGACAAUUAUAAUUAUCACAUGAUUGGAGAUUGCUCGUAUUAUGCUGUUUUUACAGAGAACUGGAGCAUCAGGGUAGAGAUCCAUGAAUGUCAGCUCGCAUUUAAACAGACAUGUUUGCAGCGUGUUACCCUAACUAAAAAUCAGAACUCCUUUGUUUUCAACAAUGAAGGCAAUGUUCAUUUUGAUGGAAAUCUGGCAGCAAUUCCUCUGAGAACAGGUGGAAUAACAAUAUUUUGGCAAUCCUCAAUGUUCAUUCAAGUCACAACAACAUUUGGCCUGAAAAUGCAAGUGCAGAUAUUUCCUGUUAUGCAGCUUUACAUCUCACUGUCUGAGGGUUUAAAAAACAGCACAAAAGGUUUAUGUGGUGUCUUCAAUGAUGAUGCAGAGGAUGACUUUCUAUCUCAACAGGGGAUUGUGGAGACUACACCAAUUACUUUUGUUAAUUCCUGGAAGACUGAAGAUAGUUGCUCAGAUGCAAUACCACCUCUUUCUUGUUUCAGUUCCCAAAAUGAAAAUUAUGCAAAAUUUUACUGCUACGUCAUAAAAGAUCCGAAAGGUCCUUUCUCUGUGUGCCACUCUACAAUCAGUUAUGAACCAUAUUAUAAAAUGUGUGCAGCUGCCACCUGUGCCUGUGAGAACAUCAACGACUGUCUGUGUGCAGGAUUGGGAGCGUAUGUUCAUGAGUGUGCAGCUCAUGGUGUCAUCAUCAGAAACUGGAGGAACGACAUCUGCAGUAAGCCAUGUCCCAGCACCCAGGUUUUUGUGGAUAACAUGAAGACCUGUAACCGCACCUGUCGAUCAUUAUCCCGUUAUGAUUAUACCUGUGAUGUUGAGGACGUACCAGUUUUUGGCUGUGGCUGUCCUGAGGGGAAAUACAUGGAUAACUCUGGAGAAUGUAUUGAUAAAUCAGACUGCUCCUGCUAUAUGGGUGAUACAGUUAUCAAAAAAGGACAAAGUAUGACUCUCAAUGGUCAAACCUGCAUUUGUGAAAAUGGCAAUCUUCAGUGUUCGACGGUUUCCACAACCACCAGUCCAGUAUGCCAGGGUGGCAAAAUAUAUUUUGACUGCAGAACUGUGGAUAAGUUGUGUGCAAAGACAUGUAGAGGCUAUAAUAAGCAAUGUAACUUGAAUAGUUACUGUGUUCCAGGCUGUGUCUGCCCUGAUAAUCUUGUGGCAGAUGACAAUGGAAGAUGCAUUCCUCCAGAGCAAUGUACUUGUCCAUUUGGAGGAGAAACCUAUGCUGCAGGAAGCACCAUCCGAAAGAAUUGCAAUAAAUGCACGUGCAAGGCUGGAUCCUGGGAAUGCACCAAAAAUCUUUGUCCAAAGGAAUGCCUAGUUCAUGGAGAUGGCCACUAUGUAACCUUUGAUGGAAAAAGAUAUCUCUACGACGGCAAUUGCGAAUAUGUUUUGGUUGAGGAUCAAUGCAGUCGAGGAAGUGGCACAAUUCAAAUCCUGGUGGAGAGUGUCCCAUGUUGUGAAAAUGGAGUGACAUGUUCAAGGAUUAUCAGAAUUUUAACUGAGGGUGAAGAAUUCAGAUUACAUGAUGGCCGAAUGACGAGACCUGAGAAAUCUUUUGGUCAAACCCAAUGUAAAGAUAGUUCCUAUUCACUUCACACUGUUGGACUCUAUUUAAUCCUUAAAUUUUCCAAUGGGAUCACUGUGAUAUGGGACAAACGAACAAGAGUUUCAAUCACAUUGGAUCCAAAAUGGAAGAACAAAGUAUGUGGUCUGUGUGGAAACUUCAAUGGUGAUAUUGCAGAUGAUUUAACAACUCAAGGGAACUCUUUAGUGACAAACACAUUGGAGUUUGGAAACAGCUGGAAGUCCUCAAUGUCAUGUUCAAAUGCAAUGAAUCAAACGUCCCCGUGUGACAGAAACCCCUACUGUUCAGCGUGGGCUCAAAGGAAGUGCAGCGUUAUCAAGGAUACUGUCUUUCAAAGCUGCCAUAAAAAGGUUGACCCAACUCCAUUCUAUGAUGCCUGUGUCCAGGAGGCUUGUGCCUGUGAUUUGGAAGGGAAAUACCUGGGCUUCUGUACCUCUGUAGCAGUGUAUGCUGAAGCUUGCAAUAAAGCUGAUACUUGUAUCCGCUGGAGAACCCCAGACUUGUGCCCUGUGUAUUGUGAUUAUUAUAACGCUCCUGAAGAAUGCAGUUGGCAUUAUCACCCAUGUGGAACAUUGACAACAAAAACAUGUUCAGACCAUUACGUGGGAAAGAAGUUCUCUGCAAAACUUGAAGGCUGUUAUGCUAAGUGUCCAGUGAGUGCUCCUUAUUUGGAUGAAAAUUUAAUGAAAUGUGUUAAGUUGGCUGAUUGCACAUGUUACCAUAAUGGGAAGAUAUUGCAACCGGGUGAAGUGAUGGGGAAUGUCUGUGAAGAAUGUAAAUGUGACAAUGGAACUGUAACAUGUAGAAGAGUCAGCACAACAUUAAAACCUACGACACCUGUGUCGACAACUCGCUCCACAUCAGAAGUGACCUCGACACCAAAGGAAAUAUCCGGCACUACAGUUAUUGCUGAAACAACGACAACAGGAGUCACAACAACAGAGAUACCAAGUACAACUGGAUCCACAACCAGCUCCAAACCAGAGGUGACGACAACAGUGAAGGAAACAUCACCUGGCUCCACACCCGGUUCGAAAGGAACAACCUCUACAACAUUUAUUGCCGAAACCACAACAACGGGAGUGACAAUUUCAUCAAAAGGAACAACCAUCUCCACCGUUUUUCCGGAAACCACUACAAUUGGAGUCAGCACAACAUCAAAACCUACGACACCCGUGUCGACAACUCGCUCCACAUCAGAAGUGGCCUCGACACCAAAGAAAAUAUCCGGCACUACAGUUAUUGCUGAAACGACGACAAAAGGAGUCACAACAACAGAGAUACCAAGUACAACUGGAUCCACAACCAGCUCCAAACCGGGAGUGACAAUUUCAUCGACAGGAACAACCAUCUCCACCGUUUUUCCGGAAACCACUACAACUGGAGUCAGCACAACAUCAAAACCUACGACACCCGUGUCGACAACUCGCUCCACAUCAGAAGUGGCCUCGACACCAAAGAAAAUAUCCGGCACUACAGUUAUUGCUGAAACGACGACAAAAGGAGUCACAACAACAGAGAUACCAAGUACAACUGGAUCCACAACCAGCUCCAAACCGGGAGUGACAAUUUCAUCAAAAGGAACAACCAUCUCCACCGUUUUUCCGGAAACCACUACAAUUGGAGUCAGCACAACAUCAAAACCUACGACACCCGUGUCGACAACUCGCUCCACAUCAGAAGUGGCCUCGACACCAAAGAAAAUAUCCGGCACUACAGUUAUUGCUGAAACGACGACAAAAGGAGUCACAACAACAGAGAUACCAAGUACAACUGGAUCCACAACCAGCUCCAAACCGGGAGUGACAAUUUCAUCGAAAGGAACAACCAUCCCCAUCGUUUUUCCGGAAACCACUACAACGGGAGUCAGCACAACAUCAAAACCUACGACACCCGUGUCGACAACUCGCUCCACAUCAGAAGUGGCCUCGACACCAAAGGAAAUAUCCGGCACUACAGUUAUUGCUGAAACAACUACAAAAGGAGUCACAGCAACAGAGAUACCAAGUACAACUGGAUCCACAACCAGCUCCAAACCGGGAGUGACAAUUUCAUCGAAAGGAACAACCAUCCCCACCGUUUUUCCGGAAACCACUACAACGGGAGUCAGCACAACAUCAAAACCUACGACACCCGUGUCGACAACUCGCUCCACAUCAGAAGUGGCCUCGACACCAAAGGAAAUAUCCGGCACUACAGUUAUUGCUGAAACGACGACAAAAGGAGUCACAACAACAGAGAUACCAAGUACAACUGGAUCCACAACCAGCUCCAAACCGGGAGUGACAAUUUCAUCAAAAGGAACAACCAUCUCCACCGUUUUUCCGGAAACCACUACAAUUGGAGUCAGCACAACAUCAAAACCUACGACACCCGUGUCGACAACUCGCUCCACAUCAGAAGUGGCCUCGACACCAAAGAAAAUAUCCGGCACUACAGUUAUUGCUGAAACAACGACAAAAGGAGUCACAACAACAGAGAUACCAAGUACAACUGGAUCCACAACCAGCUCCAAACCGGGAGUGACAAUUUCAUCGAAAGGAACAACCAUCCCCAUCGUUUUUCCGGAAACCACUACAACGGGAGUCAGCACAACAUCAAAACCUACGACACCCGUGUCGACAACUCGCUCCACAUCAGAAGUGGCCUCGACACCAAAGGAAAUAUCCGGCACUACAGUUAUUGCUGAAACAACUACAAAAGGAGUCACAGCAACAGAGAUACCAAGUACAACUGGAUCCACAACCAGCUCCAAACCGGGAGUGACAAUUUCAUCGAAAGGAACAACCAUCCCCACCGUUUUUCCGGAAACCACUACAACGGGAGUCAGCACAACAUCAAAACCUACGACACCCGUGUCGACAACUCGCUCCACAUCAGAAGUGGCCUCGACACCAAAGGAAAUAUCCGGCACUACAGUUAUUGCUGAAACAACUACAAAAGGAGUCACAGCAACAGAGAUACCAAGUACAACUGGAUCCACAACCAGCUCCAAACCGGGAGUGACAAUUUCAUCGAAAGGAACAACCAUCUCCACCGUUUUUCCGGAAACCACUACAACUGGAGUCAGCACAACAUCAAAACCUACGACACCCGUGUCGACAACUCGCUCCACAUCAGAAGUGGCCUCGACACCAAAGGAAAUAUCCGGCACGACAGUUAUUGCUGAAACAACGACAACAGGAGUCACAGCAACAGAGAUACCAAGUACAACUGGAUCCACAACCAGCUCCAAACCGGGAGUGACAAUUUCAUCGAAAGGAACAACCAUCCCCACCGUUUUUCCAGAAACCACUACAACGGGAGUCAGCACAACAUCAAAACCUACGACACCCGUGUCGACAACUCGCUCCACAUCAGAAGUGGCCUCGACACCAAAGGAAAUAUCCGGCACUACAGUUAUUGCUGAAACAACUACAAAAGGAGUCACAGCAACAGAGAUACCAAGUACAACUGGAUCCACAACCAGCUCCAAACCGGGAGUGACAAUUUCAUCGAAAGGAACAACCAUCCCCACCGUUUUUCCGGAAACCACUACAACGGGAGUCAGCACAACAUCAAAACCUACGACACCCGUGUCGACAACUCACUCCACAUCAGAAGUGGCCUCGACACCAAAGGAAAUAUCCGGCACUACAGUUAUUGCUGAAACAACUACAAAAGGAGUCACAGCAACAGAGAUACCAAGUACAACUGGAUCCACAACCAGCUCCAAACCGGGAGUGACAAUUUCAUCGAAAGGAACAACCAUCCCCACCGUUUUUCCGGAAACCACUACAACAGGAGUCAGCACAACAUCAAAACCUACGACACCCGUGUCGACAACUCGCUCCACAUCAGAAGUGGCCUCGACACCAAAGGAAAUAUCCGGCACUACAGUUAUUGCUGAAACAACUACAAAAGGAGUCACAACAACAGAGAUACCAAGUACAACUGGAUCCACAACCAGCUCCAAACCGGGAGUGACAAUUUCAUCGAAAGGAACAACCAUCCCCACCGUUUUUCCGGAAACCACUACAACGGGAGUCAGCACAACAUCAAAACCUACGACACCCGUGUCGACAACUCGCUCCACAUCAGAAGUGGCCUCGACACCAAAGGAAAUAUCCGGCACUACAGUUAUUGCUGAAACAACUACAAAAGGAGUCACAGCAACAGAGAUACCAAGUACAACUGGAUCCACAACCAGCUCCAAACCGGGAGUGACAAUUUCAUCGAAAGGAACAACCAUCCCCACCGUUUUUCCGGAAACCACUACAACGGGAGUCAGCACAACAUCAAAACCUACGACACCCGUGUCGACAACUCGCUCCACAUCAGAAGUGGCCACGACACCAAAGGAAAUAUCCGGCACUACAGUUAUUGCUGAAACAACUACAAAAGGAGUCACAGCAACAGAGAUACCAAGUACAACUGGAUCCACAACCAGCUCCAAACCGGGAGUGACAAUUUCAUCGAAAGGAACAACCAUCCCCACCGUUUUUCCGGAAACCACUACAACGGGAGUCAGCACAACAUCAAAACCUACGACACCCGUGUCGACAACUCGCUCCACAUCAGAAGUGGCCUCGACACCAAAGGAAAUAUCCGGCACUACAGUUAUUGCUGAAACAACGACAACAGGAGUCACAACAACAGAGAUACCAAGUACAACUGGAUCCACAACCAGCUCCAAACCGGGUUCGAAAGGAACAACCUCUACAACAUUUAUUGCCGAAACCACAACAACGGGAGUGACAAUUUCAUCGAAAGGAACAACCAUCCCCACCGUUUUUCCGGAAACCACUACAACAGGAGUCAGCACAACAUCAAAACCUACGACACCCGUGUCGACAACUCGCUCCACAUCAGAAGUAACAACUACAACAGUGAAAACAACCACAGAGGUUCCUUGCCAUGGAAAAUGGUCUGUGUGGAUUAACAACAACAAACCAUCUGUUGAGCAAAAGCAUGAUAAAGAACCAUUGGAUCCAAUUCGAGAUACCGUGUGUCAAUCUUAUGGGAACAGGAUUACAAAUAUUCAAUGUGAAGCUCUCAAAUUUCCUGGGUAUCCAAUUAGUAAAACCAACGAUACAGUAACAUGUGAUGUAAACAGCGGAUUGAUAUGCCACAAACCAGCUAGUGGCGCCCUUACAUGUCUGGACUAUAGAAUUAGAGUUUGCUGUGAACCAUUUGAAACAACAACACUUCCAACCACAACGACAUCCGUCUCCAGGGCUACUACACCUGGAGAAUGUUUCUGUAAUUCAGACCCACCAAGGAAGUGUAAUGAAACGUGGCAAGUGAACUGUACAACCAUUACUUGUAUUGGAGCACAUACAUAUGAAAUUACGAAGGUGCCCUGUUCAACCCCUGCGAAACCUACAUGUUACAGUGACUUAGAACCCAAAAGUGUCCCAACUAAAGGUGACUGCUGUUCAACAUGGGACUGUGACUGUGAAUGUCAAGUAUGGGGGUAUUCACAUUAUCAUACCUUCGAUGGGCUGCACUAUGAUUUUUUUGAUAAUUGCACAUAUGUACUUGUCCAAGAAAAGGUCCCAAGAUACAAUUUCUCUGUGAUUCUUGAUAAUUAUUACUGUAAUCAAGAAACCUUCACGUCCUGCCGUAAAUCACUUAUUAUUAACUACAACAAACAAAUCAUCAAUUUUUCAACUGAGAAAAGAAAGCCUGUGGUAACUGUCGAUGAAGUAGGAGUGAGCUUUCCGUAUCAUGCAGAAGCAUUUCGCAUUGUAAAAAGUUGCAACAAAGUUACCGUUUAUAUUCCCGGUAUUCGAACCACAAUCAUUGGUCAAAGAAACAACUUCAGGAUCAGAGUGCCGCAACAGUACUUCUUUGAUAAUACCCAAGGACAAUGUGGUUCUUGUUCGAGAAAUAUAACUGAUGGAUGUGUAAGAAGGAAUGGAAAGAUAGAACCACAUGACUGUUGUCACAAAACUGCGUUUGAUUGGAAAGUCGAUGAUCCUAAGAAGACACAUUGUCAAGAAACUCCUACAAACGUGCCUUGUGAAGUGCCUCCUACACUCCCACCAUGUGAAUUUGGGAAAACUGUGUGUGAUGCCAUAUCAGGAAGUUCAUUUGAAAAAUGCAGAAAUAAGCGAGAACUGACUAAGUAUGUCAAGGCAUGUCAGUACGAUCACUGUGCAAUGAAUUCUACAGAGAUGAGCUGUAGUAGCCUGGAAGCUGCUGCUUCGACUUGUAAUGCAGCUGGGAUAUGUGUUGACUGGAGGGACUCCACAAAUGGAUUAUGCCCGUACAACUGCACAGAGGGUUUCACCUAUAAAGCCUGCGCCAAACACAAUCAUGAUUAUUGUAAGGAUGGUAAGAUGAUACAUGGGGAGACAUUUGAUGAAUACACUGAAGGUUGCUUUUGUAAAAAUGGAUCAAUGCUUUCUGAGGAUAGAACAAAAUGUGUUUCUUCAUGUGUCAGAUGCAAAGACGAUGCAGGAAACAUAAGAUAUGAAGGUGAAAGUUGGCCGCAUCCCAGUGAUACAUGUAUCAACUAUUCAUGUGUAGAAGGUGUGAUAACAAAGACACAAAAAAUAUGUUCAGACCCUCCAACAUGUGAUGAGGCUGACAAACAAUGGGACAAAGAUCAUUGCUGCUAUUCCUGUCGUAAGAAAUUGGGAAAAUGCCAGGUGCAAAACAAAACGAUUGACAUCAAAGAAGGUGAUUGUACAGUGACUGUUCAGCUGAAAGCAUGUGAAGGAUGUUGUGAUUCAUAUGCUAUGUUUGAUCCCAAAACAAAGCACAUGAAACACAAUUGUGAGUGCUGUCAGGAAAACGAAACGGAGAAAAAAGAAACACAGCUGAACUGCCUGAAUGGAAAAACUCAAGUGUACACCUACAUUUCUGCUAAAUCGUGCAGUUGCAAAAUCUGUAAAAGUGAAAACGAUUAAUGUUGUGAUCUCAAAGUUUGUCGAAUGAACAUAACUUGUGCAACAUAUGUAGAUGUUAAAAUCUGAACUAUUUUUCUUUGCAAUAUCCAUUUACUUGGUUUUAUUUGGUGAUGAGACAGUGGUGUGAAGUUUGAUUUUCUCCCAAUUACUACCUUCAAAUUGUGGAAUUGUCAUUUCUUUGCAUAUUUCAAAGCUUUCACCUUUUGCUUGGUGGCAAAUUUAAAUCAAUAAAACAUAUUCUGCAUAAAUCAA